UAUUAAUUAAGUUGUUGUCAGUACUGCUGUUAUGAACUCAUAAUGAGGUGUACAUAUUGAUAUUUAUAAUAGUUAUACUGAUGGUAAUCGUGUUACAAAUUUAAUGUAGUGUUGCAGUUCCUGCCUGUGACCACUAGGGGGCAGUGAACACUCGCGUUUGUGAAUAAACUACAAGGCUGGUCUGAGCCAACGAAGAGUCUAAUUAUUUUAUUGUUAAAGAUAAAAUUCACAAUAGUAUUGACAUGAUUAAACCUAUCUAUGUAAUUCUCACAAAAGUAAAAAAAACCCUUUUGUAAUCUCUUUUCCAUUUUGCUGCCUUCAGGUGCUCCUCGUAAACUUUGCCUCGAGUGCAUAUGCCGUUUCCCACAAUCCCUUGCGGCACAACUGUACCACACAUUUGAUUAAGGGGCAACACUGCUACGCCGGGAAUCUUGCCAAAAUUUCGAAUUAUUCAGCCUCCCCGUCGAGAUGAUGUGCGACACGACGAACCGAAGUUUCCGGGCGCAGUUAGCCGCCGUGCUGGACAAGCUAACGAAGGCGGCUCUGGUGGAAAUAGGCAACCUGGCUGACGAGUGCUCCUCCGUCCUUCACACCGAGAUAUCGCUGCACAAGACCGAGAACGAGGCGCUGAAGAAGAGGUGCUACUUACUGGAGGUCCAGCUGAGAGCAGCGAGGGAGGCGCAGACUUACCCUGCACAUGUCAACAGUGUCAGCAGCAGCCGACACCCAUCAGACGUCCCCAUUUCACAUCUGCUUCUUCCUCCAGAACAGCAGCAGCAGCCUGCUCCAGCCAUUGAUGGCGUUUUCGGAAAGGACUGGUGCAUGGAUCUGUGGAGAGAGGACAAACUCCCGCCUCAAAGGAAAGAGGCAGUGGAGCCUGCUGCGAUGACGAGCAUGGUGCCACAGGCAAUAGACCUAAUGGAGCGAGAACCUGAUCUCAUCUUUGUUAAGGAGGAGACGUAUGAUGAUCCCAUUGGCCAGCAGAUGAGGCUCACAGAUAACAGAAAAGUGGCUGGAAUCUUUGACGAGGACAGCAUGCUUCACAGAUCUGUUGAUGAGCUGCAGCUUCACUCAGGUGAAUUAAACAACUACCCCAUGACGGCUGACACUCAAACACAACAGCGCACGCAGCCAACCAUUAUGGACAAGCUGAUCGACGAUGCAACAAUGAGCACAAUGGUGGACAACACCAAUUCUUCCUCGGCCACCACAGAAUACUCAGACUACACGAACAAUAUCCACAUGAACGCAACCAAAGAACCCAACGUUCAGCCAAGACCCAUGAAACCUGCCAAACGGUUCGAGUGCUUAUUCUGCGGGAAGAUAUUCAACUAUCUGAGCAGUUUAAAAGUCCACAUCCGGCGACACUCCGGCGAGAAGCCGUUCAGCUGCACGGUGUGCGGGAAGCGCUUUGCUCAGAAGACGUACCUGAAGCUGCACCAGCGCGUUCACUCGGGGGAGAAGCCUUACAGCUGUCCGGACUGUGGCAAAAGUUUCUCCCAGAAAAGCUCUCUGAACAUACAUCUUCGAACGCACACCGGGGAGAAGCCUUACAGCUGUGUGGACUGUGGGAAAUGUUAUGCAUACAAGUACGGUUUAAAUCACCACCAGUGUUUCAACUGAGAGAUCGAACCAUGCUGUCUGAUCUGAACUUCAAUGAACUCUUGUUGGCUCAAAAUGUGCCAGCACGUCUAUAGGAAAUGUGGAUGGAAACUGUAGAUUUGAAAUACUCCGUCUGCAUCAAAGGAAGGCUUGUGUUAUAGCCUGUAUGGUUAACGGUGCUGCUGUAAAAAUAUUAGUUUGUUUGACGUGUUUUUAGCUUUACUGCUGAUAGAAAUGUUGCUGCAGCCAAACAAGAGAACAAAGAAUAUCUGUCCUCUCUAAUGUAGAAUUAGAUUUGGUGGGAUUCAGUUUAUUUGACAGGUUGCGGGGGCAGGUCAUUGUUGAAUUUAUGAUGCCCUCAACAAGCCUUUAAACUCAACUUCACGACAUGUUGUGAUAGAUAAGAGUCACGGAUCUGAUGAGACUUAUUUGCUGCUUCCAUGUAAUGUGAAGUGCUCAUUGAAACUAAGGCAAAAAUACUUCCAUUGUAUCCAGGGUUCCCACAUGGACAAAAUUUCAAAACUUUUUAUGACUUUUCUAGCACCCAUGAUGAAAUUUCCACGACUGUUCACAAUGUAGAACAUGAACAAGGCACCUUUUUGAAAAACGCAGUACAAAUUCUAAGUAGUAGAUAUAGAAAAUUUGGGACUCAUGAUCCCACAUGUUAAAUAACAGCAUCACAUUAAAGAUAAACACUCAGUGUAGAAGUCCAUAGUACAGGCAGCCAGUCCAAAAAUGCACCUGAGGCCCUCUGACUGUAGUUCAAAAUCUUUUAUUAGUACAUGAAUAACCACAAGUUUCGACUAGAGAGUUCUCAUCAGGGUGUAAAACAUGUGAGGGUCAUGUGACACAGGUCAGGUGAUAUAUUGGUUUAGCCCCACUAGACAAAAAACCACACUGACAGAAAUGCGUGUCUUCAAGUGACUCUUUGCCCAUCCUUGAAGAGCACCUGAUUUUAUUUUAUUCUAACGACACAGCUUUUAACCCAGUGCAGCACUUCCUUUUUUCCUCCAACUCUGUCACAUUAUUUGCCUCUUACUCACUCUACAUAUCAGAUUCAAACUUUAGUCGCACAUAAUUCCAGCUAGCCAGCACAUGAGGAAGGGGAGGCAGAGUGUUAGGAAAAUAAGGAAGAAACAUAUGUGAUGGUAAACAUUGACAUAGAGCUGCUUUAUGUUAACAGCUACAGAAGAUAAAGUUGCCGUCAUGCUUCAUUACAUGGAGGGUUAUCCAUGAAAGAUUACUGUAACAAUUAAUUUAUUUUACACACAAUAUUCUAGGAGUUUUUCAAAAGUUUCAAGAUCCAUGACACUCCCAAACCUGGAAAAUGAGAUUGUAAAAUUCCAUGACUUUUUCAGGUUUUCAGUGACCGUGGGAAUCCUGUGGUGUCCAUCGCAUGUUGUCGUACGGCUGCCGAACAGAUAAUACAUACCUCAGUGUCAUAUUUCAUGCCACCAAAGGCCUGUGUCGAAUAAUGCCAAAAUAAGUCGGACUACUGUUCCACUGUUUGCACACAUGUAGCAUAAACCUUCAAAUCUACCUCUUCACAACAGUGUGGAAGUAAAACAACCUCCUCUGUUUGCUUCAUUACCCAGCUCUCACCUCUGCUUUGUAUUUCACAUGUCAUGCCUAAUCUGUUGUCGUUUAAUUAAACAGAAAGAGGGCAGCUCUGUCUGUUUGUGAAACACAACUGUUAUGAAAUAUUGAUGUGUGUUGGUUACAUAAUCCUCAAAUGAGAUCCAGAAAUGGUGUUACUGUUAAAACUAAAUGUAUUUGUGUGGCUGCAUCAUAAUUGUAGAAAGAAAUGUUGUCAGUGUACAGUCAAGCCAAAUGUUCAUUAUUUUUUUGUUUUAAUUUCUGUUUUAAGAAGUCACAUAUUUUAUUAUGUAAUGAACUUUCAUCACACUUGAACAGAGCAGUUACUUCUACUGAGCACUUCCACCGAUUAGCCGUAACAUCAAAACUGCUGUGAGUGAAUGACAUUGGUAAUGUCCUGCUGGGAAACCUUGGGCCCUGGCAUUCAUGUGGAUGCAACUUGACACGCACCACCCACCCAAAUACCAUUGCGGGCCAAGUACACGCCCUCCCAGAUGGCAGUACCCCCCACCCCCGAGCAUGACAGCGUGCUAUGCCACACCUCAAAAACUGCUCAGGAACAUGACAAAGAGCUCAAGGCAUCAAACUGACCUCCAAAUACCCCAGACCCCAACACAAACUAGCAUCUGUGGGACGUGCCGGAAAAAGUCGAUCCAUGGAGGCCCUAACUUGCAACCCCCAGGACACCCUGGUGCCAGAUACCUAAGGAGGCCACAUGACGCAUGACCUCUGGGGUACCGGCAUGUCCCGCAGAUGCUCAAUCAGAUUUGGAUGUGGGGAAUCUGGAAGCCUGGUUGACACCUUAAGCUCUUUGUCACAUUCCUCGUGGCAUGCGUGAGCACUUUUUCGGUCAUCGGGGAGUGCUGUUGCCAUGACGGGGUAUACUUGGGUCUGCCAUGGUGUUUAAGUAUGUGGCGGGUCAUCCAAAUGAAUGUGAGGACCUCAAGGUUGCCCAGCAGAACAUUGUAUUGCAACAAUCAAUGUUACUCACUUCACCUGUAAGUGGGUUUAAUGUCAUGGCUAAUUUUGUCUGUAAUAAUAUGAUUCCCUUGAAUGCACCACACUGACCUAGCCUAGUGAAUUAUGGCUGCCCAAGAAAGAAAUCUUGUGCUGUUGAUUUUUUUUCCCCCGUUUUCACUCAGACCUGCAUGCCCCUUAUGGAGCCCCGUUCUGAUUGUCAAAGUUGAACAUGUAAACUCAGCUGUAAAACUGAUUCCUCAAGGUGAAGACAACUUCAGUAUAGAUUAGACAACGAAUAACUCACACUUUAAAAGGAGAGUUCUAUCUAAUAAAAGUUUAAUAAAA